AUAAUUGUUCUCUAUAAUGCAAUGGUGUUCUCAUAGACAAUACUAUUAAGUAGUAGUGUACUAGUGUUGUAGUCCCUCGAAUCCCGAUGUCACGUCGUAAUUGAUAAUAAAAAUAAUAAUAAUAAUAUAAUGGCUAGAGCGGCGAUUGCUGUUUUAUCAAAUUUUCAGUUUCUACAGAAAAGGCGUAUUCUGGAUUAACAGAUUACAGCAUAAUUUUAUAUUUUCAACAAUCGUGAGCGUCGAACUACACGAUUAUAACGAUAUCGGCAUUAAUUGAUAUGAUAUCUGACAAGACGACAAUAAUUAUAGUCAACUAGGCCGCAAUUAGACGCGUUUUGCAUUUGCACUAUCGCAUUUGUACUGACUAGUAACUAUGCGUUCACCAAAACAUGAUGAUUAACGAAUAAUGAUUAAUAGCGUCCAACGAGGAACAAUAUGAUGCAUUUCAUGUUACUAUUCAGUCGUCAAGGCAAGCUUCGGCUUCAAAAAUGGUAUGUAGCUCAUCCCGACAAAGUGAAAAAGAAAAUAACCAGAGAACUUAUAACCACAAUUUUAGCCAGGAAGCCUAAAAUGUGUAGUUUUCUUGAAUGGAAAGAAUUAAAAAUCGUAUAUAAAAGGUACGCAAGUCUGUAUUUUUGUUGUGCUAUUGAACAGAAUGACAAUGAACUUCUCACUUUAGAAAUCAUUCACCGCUAUGUUGAAUUAUUGGACAAGUAUUUUGGCAGUGUCUGUGAGCUGGAUAUAAUAUUCAACUUCGAAAAGGCAUAUUUUAUACUGGAUGAGUUGUUAUUGGGUGGGGAAAUACAGGAGACUAGUAAGAAAAAUGUACUCAAGGCUAUUUCAGCUCAGGAUCUCUUGCAAGAGGAGGAGGCAGUCGAAGGCGCUCUGAAAGAGAUCGGCCUGUUAUGAGAGCAUCCAAUAUAAUUAAUAUUUCAUAUAAUUGUAUUACUUGCAAUUAUAAUUGUAAUGUUUUUUUUUUACAUAUAUAUUUAUAUAAAUUCAAACAAUGUGUCUUUCAUAAAAUGUUAGUCUUGGAUUUUGAUGUAAAGUGCUGUUGCUGAAUGCAAUGUUAUUAAUAAAUAACUUAUCAAAAUAUCAGGUUUCUAUCAUUGACGUCCUAACAUGAUAUUAAAAAGAAAAACCCAUCUUUAUUAUCUGUAAACAUUCGUGUAUUCUAUUAAUUAGUUUUUUUUUUAAUUCUAAUACAUUUUUUUUAUAUUGUUGCGUUUUCUCAUAAGAUAAACUUCUAUUAAUGUACUAACUAACAUGAUGUUGAAAAAAUAAAAAUAAAAUUUUCAUGCUUAAGCUG